AGAAAUUCACAAAUGAAGAUGGCGGUGCAAGAGACAGCUGCCCAACUCUCCAUGGCUCUGAAGGUUCAAGAGUAUCCCACUUUGAAGGUUUGAAAUGGCUUACUUUAAAGAAAAUCAAGACUAACCGAUCGUGAUGCAGGCAUGAGCUUCAGAUUUGUCAAACUAGGCACUAAUUCCGAUCAUUUGGCUGGCCAUUAGCUAGCAAUCUAACUAGCUAGCUAACGACGUCAGGCAGGGGCAAGUUGGUUCAAAACAACGGGGCAAAUGUCAGAUUGAGGCUAUGAACAGACUUGAUGAUGCAUGAUGAUGAUGUGGUGGUCAGAUACAACAUCCCAAUCCAGUAGUUGAUUGUCAAUUAUUGAGAAGAUUGGUGUUUUACAAACGUGGUUAUCUAAAAAUAUACAAUUCUGCCACGUAUCUUAUGCUAACUUGCUAGCUAGCCAGCCAGCCAGCUUAAUCAGCUGAUACCUGUCGGAUAGGCUAGCUAGCUUUAGCUGGUUCUCUGUCCGACCAUAUUCCGUGGCGUGUGAAGUCAGCAAUUCAUCAAGCUGCACGCAAUAACGUUAACGUUACUUGGAAUUGGAUGGCCAGCUCGUGUGUGAACACGUUUCCUCUGUCACUGACGCAGAUUUGAAAGCUAACAUGUCUACCUUAAAUCAAUUUAAUUAACUGAACGUUAGCUAUCCACGUUUGUUUCCAAAUUCAACAUAGCUAGCCGUUAGCUAGUAUUGCGUACCUAUGAAAUCAACAUGCCAUGACAAGGAUGGUUCCUCUCCAGCUGUGAAGUACAGCGUCACCAAAAAUAUUCAGAUGUAGCUAGCAUGCAAGCUAACUAAGUUAGUCGCAAAUCCAAAGCGACAUGAAUUCUAGUCAGUUGAUCGUUUACAACUGUAUAAUUAUGGUAUUUACGUGGUCAGUGACUAACUAUAGCUAUACAAAUUUUUAGAAGUUCGCUAACCAGCGCAAUGACAUCAAAGUACUACCUCGACAUUACAAUAUGGCUGAGAAGGUCCAGUCUGCAGCCAUAUCACACUGCGACACUUAUUGUUCUGUGGCUGCUGCUAGACGACCGUAUGUUUGCUUUCUUAGUCGCCAUUUUAUCUGAAUAUUCAUUUAAUUAAAUUAGGAUUGUAAGAGUAGUUCUAAGCCAUUUGAGUGGUUGUUACGUUAAUUCGCAUAAUAAGACAUGAUUGAUAUUAUCAGAGCUGAGGCCUUAGUAGCUUUAGGACACACUAUCGGGAGUCUAUUGGUUGGACUCCCUGAGUUGUGAAUCAUUCUGGUGGGUGGCAACGGAAAAUAACCCAACCAAAAUAUAGCCCGCUACACCAAAAAAGGUUUCCUGUCAACAAAGGCAUAUGUAUAAUCUCUAGGAACUCUACUUACCAGAUGUAAAGUGAAAUGUGACUCUUGCUAUCAAAGUUGGUCCCCCCUUUUCUGCUAUAACAGCCUCCACUCUUCUGGGAAGGCUUUCCACUAGAUGUUGGAACAUUGCUGUGGGGACUUGCUUCCAUUCAGCCACAAAGCAUUAGUGAGAUCGCUCACUGAUGUUGGGUGAUUAGGCCUGGCUCGCUAUCGGCGUACCAAUUAAUUCCAAAGGUAUUCGAUGGAGUUGAGGUCAAGGGUCUGUGCAGGCCAGUCAAGUUCUUCAACACCGAUCUUGACAAACCAUUUCUGUAUGGACCUCGCUUUGUGCAUGGGGGCAUUGUCAUGCUGAAACAGGAAAGGGCCUUCCCCAAAACUGUUUCCACAAAGUUGGAAGCACAGAAUCGUCUAGUUUGUCAUUGUAUGCUGUAGCGCUAACAUUUCCCUUCAUUGGAACUAAGGGGCCUAGCCCAAACCAUGAAAAACAGCCCCAGACCAUUAUUCCUCCUCCACCGAACUUUACAGUUGGCACUAUGCAUUGGGGCAGGUAGCUUUCUCCUGACAUCCACCAAACUCAGAUUCGUCCUUCGGACUACCAGAUGGUGAAGCGUGAUUCAUCACUCCAGAGAAUGCGUUUCCACUGCUCCAGAGUCCAUUGGCGGCGAGCGUUACACCACUCCAGCCGAUUCUUGGCAUUGCGCAUGGUGAUCUUAGGCUUGUGUUCGGCUGCUCGGCCAUGGAAACCCAUUUAUAACAGCACUUACAGUUGACUGGGGCAGCUCUAGCAGGGCAGAAAUUUGACGAACUGACUUGUUGGAAAGGUGGCAUCCUAUGACUCUGCUACGUUGAAAGUCACUGAGCCUUUCUAUUGCCAAUGUUUGUCUAUGAAGAUUGCAUGGCUGUGUGCUCGACUUUAUACACCUGUCAGUAACGGGUGUGGCUGAAAUGGCCGAAUCCACUAAUUUGAAGGGGUGUCCACAUACUGCUGUGUAUAUAUAGUGUAGCUUUCAUCUGGUCAGUCUGUCAUGGAAAAAGCAGGUGUUCAUAAUGUUUUGUACACAAUUGGAGGUUAUCUCAGCAAGGUAUAGAUCAAAUAAUUGGAAACUUCAGCCAAAUAAUGAACCCUAAAUGGUCAGAAUGGACUACAGAAACCACAUCACGUAGCUUUUGCAUUGAUCAUAUGUACAGGUACCAUAUGAAACUCUGAACAAGCGCUUCAGAGCUGCACAGAAGAACAUUGACCGGGAGACGAGUCACGUAACCAUGGUGGUGGCAGAGCUGGAGAAGACCCUCAGCAGUUUCCCAGUGGUGGACUCUGUGGUGUCCCUUCUGGAUGGGGUGGUGGAGAAGCUCAGUGCCCUGAAGAGGAAGGUAGGUUCAGACAGUUGCGCUCUGAACAGUUAGCAUUGGAAUGUUGCUGUGCAGAGUUUUUUUUAUUUACAGUGUUCCUCGUUCAACCCCAGAUAGCUUAGCUACCAAUAUUUCAGCCAACUUCACAUUUGCAAAUUUCUUAAGCACUUGUCAAAUCUUGUACAUGUUUAUUGAGGGAUUUAAAAAAACAAUGAUUUAUCAACAUAAAUUAAUCGAAGCAGUCAAAUAAAAUAAAGAGGACCCAGCAGAGCAGAGAUCCAGUACUGUAUGCAGUAAGUAUAGAACAUGUGAAUGUUGGAUAGGCUGCUGAGUCCAUCCAGGCGGAGGAUGAGAGCGCUAAGCUGUGUAAGCGGAGGAUUGAACACCUGAAGGAACACAGCAGCGACCAGCCAGCGGGCGUCAACGUCUGGAAGAAGAAACGAAUGGACCGCAUGAUGGUAGAACACUUGCUGCGGUGUGGCUAUUACAACACAGCGGUCAAACUGGCACGGCAAAGUGGCAUCGAGGUGCGUCCCACUUCUAUCCGUCAAUAUGUCAUCUUAUAUGCAUGGAUACUACAUAUAGUUCCUUAUUCUUUACAGCAAGAGUCUUUGGUAGUAUCUCCAAUGGCUCCUAGCAUUGUAAUUGUUUAGAGAACUACAUUUGCUGUGUGGUGUCUCUAUUUAAUAUGACCCCGCUUUCUCCCUGUCCUUCAGGACCUGGUCAACAUUGAGAUGUUCCUCACAGCGAAAGAGGUGGAGGAGUCACUGGAGCGACAGGAAACCGCCACCUGUUUGGCCUGGUGUCAUGACAACAAGUCACGCCUCCGCAAGAUGAAGGUGAGGCAGGAGAUUAUGCCAUGUCUGUUAGUAGAUCAUGAUUUACAUUUAUUUUUUUACAUUUUAGUCAUUUAGCAGACGCUCUUAUCCAGAGCGACUUACAGUUAGUGAGUGCAUAAAUUUUCAUACAUGUCUUGUACAUUAUAUUUACAUAUUAACUCAUUGAUGCUUCCCCUUCCAGAGCUGCUUAGAGUUUAGUCUGCGAAUCCAGGAGUUUAUCGAGCUCAUCCGACAGAACAAGCGCAUGGACGCCGUCAGGUAGGAAACCGUUUCUGCUGACAUUGCACAUCCUGUAAUAAAAUAUUCAGGUUAACGUUGAGACACAUUUAUAGUUAAAAUGAGAACAAUCAUGAUCCAUGUUUUUCACAGACAUGCACGGAAGCACUUCAGUCAAGCAGAGGGGGGUCAGCUGGACGAGGUGCGGCAGGUGAUGGGCAUGCUGGCGUUCCCCUCAGACACCCAUAUCUCCCCUUAUAAGGUAAUACCGUAGUAAUGCCCUAGCCUGUAGUGUGCAUAUGCCGUUGUGUAUGUUGGAAUACUGCAGGCCUGUGAUCAGUCUGAUUAUCUCUUUGUCCAUCAACCCUCACAGGAUCUCCUGGACCCUGCCCGCUGGAAAAUGCUGAUCCAACAGUUCAGAUACGACAACUACAGAUUACAUCAGCUGGGCAACAACUCUGUGUUUACCAUCACCCUCCAGGCUGGUCUGUCUGCUAUCAAAACUCCGUAUCUUUUCUGGUCACUGCUCUGUGGUCCUUAGUUUAGCUGUUUCAGCCAGUAACAUGUAGUGCUCUUGUCAUCUGCUUGUUUUGGUGAUGCACAUUGUCUCCUUUUGGUUGCGAUGGCCAGGUCUCUCUGUAAUUACGUAUCCAAAACUGCACAUCAGACAUACAUAAAAUUCAAGGCUCAAUGUGUUCUGCCAAAGACCUCCAGCUGUUAAGUACUGGAAUGUAAAGUGAAAGACAAUUUUAGCCCUUAACCUUUCUGCUCCUAGUCAGUGCUAUAAGGAGGAUGGCACCUCUAAAAACCCUGACUGCCCCGUGUGCAGCAAGUCCCUGAACAAACUGGCCCAGCCCCUGCCCAUGGCACACUGUGCCAACUCCCGUCUGGUGUGCAAAAUCUCUGGGGAGGUGAUGAAUGAGAACAACCCACCCAUGAUGCUGCCCAACGGCUAUGUGUACGGAUACAAUGUGAGUCUCUACAUCUCACACAUUUUAUCUUUGCAAUGGAGUAAUAAUCAUUGUUUAAAUUCAUUAUUCAUUUUAAUCAUUUGUCCUUCCUUUCUCCAGUCUCUUCUAUCCAUUCGUCAAGAUGACAAGGUGAUCUGCCCCAGAACCAAAGAAGUCUUCAGCUUCUCCCAAGCUGAGAAGGUGUACAUCAUGUGAUGUGAUGGAUACACCUGCUCUACUAUGACCAGCUGGUCCAGUCUGAGUGCAGUGGAUCCCCCAGCAGAACCUCUAGCCCCAAUGGCAAUGCUCCACCAUGUGACUGAGCCGAAAUCACCCCACAGCCCACCUACCGACCUCUCGUCCUCGACCUGCCAAACCUGCCUCCCACUAUGGAGAAUAGUCCCAAAUCACCUUGGGCAGAUUUGUGAAACUGGACUAAUUAAUUAAGACUUUUGUUUUUAAAGUGUUGAUGUUUUGACUUUUAUUUUAACCUAGAGUCCAACCGGUAGUGUGGUGCGUUAUAACUCUGUAUUGCUCCAAUAACAUAACAGGAGUUUCUGCCUUUUACCUUAGUUAAACCAGACUUACUUCAGACUUACAGGCUGACCACAUAGGUAUUUGCUACAUAAUGGCACUAAUUUCAUGAUGCGCACAAUUUACAUCAUUUCUAUGUAGCCAUGUUGGGGGGAGGGCAAUAAAUAGAAAUUAUUUGAAAUUGGUCAUGUUGUGUUUGUCCCCCCCUGUGAAAUCUGUGAUUGCAGAUCUGGGACCAUACACUCGAUCUUGUAAAUACUAGAGAAUUGAUCAUUUGUGUACAGAUUCAGGUCUCUCAAAAUGUUAAUGAGAAACAUUUUAUGAACUCCAUAGACCUUCCACUGAUCAGACAUGAACAAGCACACUGUUGUUGCUUGGGGUAUGUCAUGGCAACCUUGCACACAGACCUACAGUAUACUCUAUACACUUUUGUGUAUCAUAGUGGAUUUGUGUCUUGCAAGGGAACAUGCCAGGUCUUCUCACCACCUGAAGAAGACAUUGACAAAUGAUCUAAUAUAGUAGAGUUUACAAAAGACUUACCUUUUUCCAGUGUUUUGUAUUAACCAGUGGUCUUCAUAGUUUGUGUGUGAAGAUUGGAGAUGCAUAAUCUUUUCCCCACCAACAAAUGGAUGGGUUAAUUCAUCACUACUUUUUAUAUUGAUUUAGUUAUACAACUCUGAUAUAGUCAAUUCAAAAUACUCAAUUAUUCUAUCUUUUAAUUUCAUGUUUUUCAACGAUUAACAUUGUGCAUUGUAAUUAAAGAGGAUAAUUAUGAUAUUUUUUUGCUCUUCAUUUUUUAUGAUCUAGUGCUGAUUUUAAGACAUUUUGUAUGACUAACACAAAUUGCUGCAGAUUUCACAAGGGGCUACAGUUGGUCCAAGUUGUUCCUUGAGAUUACCACGGGUAAUCUUACCAUAUGAUUCAGUACCUACCAUCUAUCCCACUUUUUCUUCAUCUUGGCUGGUUGCUUCUGAACUGUUUAGUAUUGUUAUUGUCGAGAGACCGUUUAGAAACUGAGCAUGCAUGUUUAUAUUGGUAGGAUAGAUUGAUUGUUCAUGACCGAUUGCUGAUAAAAGAUAACUACAAUUGGUUCCUGUCUUUCUUUCUCUCCACCCAACACAUCUCCAUAAACGUUGGUGUGCUGCGUUAUCAGACUGAAUAUGAUAGUGAGUGAUGAAUACGCGGAUUGGUCCAUGGCAUAUCUGUAGUCUGAGAAUGGAACACUGAC